CGGUGCGCCUGCGUGCUGGAACACACCGAGCGGCGGACCGCGCGCGCGCUGGCCGGACCGGCGGCAGAGGCGGGGGGGCGACGAGCUGGGGGGGGUCCCGCACGGUAACGGUGGCAAGUGACGCUUUUGGCGCGAUGUCGCGCGGGAUAACGGGAGCCUAAAGAGCAGCGGCGGAAGGAGCAGGAGGAGGAGGAGGAGGAGGGCGCGCGGACGGACGGUCGAGGAUGCAGCGCUGACGGCCCGAUUGGUACCCGGGAGGAGCGGAGCGCAGCAUCCGAGCCCGCUGGAUCGGAGCCGAUCGGAUGUGAAGCCGCAGAGGUUUCUGAUUCGGUCGGCGGGGAGAAGGAGCGAGGAGCGGAGCAACAAAACGGAGGAGAGAGCGCGAGGAGGAGGAGGAGGGAGGCGGCGGAGGAAGAGGAGGAGGAGGAGGAGGAGGGUGGAGGAUGAAUCCGGCAGAUGGAGGAGGAGAAGCGGGCCCGGACGGCCAGGCGACGGCAGGUUCUGGUAAAGGGGAGUCUGUCCGGGCGGUCGAUGUCUUGACGGUGCUCAGAGAAAAAGUGGCCUUUGUGUCGGGUGGACGCGACAAACGAGGUGGACCAAUCCUCACCUUUCCUGCCAGGACCAAUCACGAUCGAAUAAAACAGGAAGACCUCAGCCGCCUGGUUACUUACUUAUCAACUAUCCCUAGUGAGGAUGUGCGUGCGCGUGGCUUCACGGUGGUGGUGGACAUGCGGGGCAGUAAGUGGGACAGCGUGAAGCCGGUGCUGCGGACGCUACAGGAGUCCUUUUCCUCAAACAUCCACACGGCGCUGCUCAUCAAACCGGACACCUUCUGGCAGAAACACAAGACCAACCUGGGCAGUGCCAAGCUGAGUUUUGAGACCAGUCUGGUGUCAGUGGAGGGUCUGUCCCGACUUAUUGAUCCCUCUCAGCUGACCUCUGACCUGGGAGGCUCGUUGGAGUACGACCAUGUGGAGUGGACUGAGCUGCGUCUUGGCUUAGAGGAGUUCUCAGGGGCUGCCACGCAGCUGCUAGCCCAGCUGGAGCAGCUGGAGGCCGGGCUGAGCCGCAUACCCGAGCCUCAGGACGUUGACGAGGCCCGCAAACUCCUGGAGGAGCACGCUCGCCUCCGCAACACCAUCGCCACCGCGCCCGUCGACGCCCUCGACCGAGAGGGGAGGAGCUUGCUUCAGCGGAUGCGCCUGGGGUCAUCCCACGGCGAAGCCGCCAACGAAAGCGGGGGCGGCGGGGGCACCUGGUUGUCAGGUGGAGCCGACUUCCAGAGCGUGGCGCCGAAGGUUUCGUCUUUAUUGGACCGGCUUCAGGGCGCUCGCACUCACUUACUGCAGAGCUGGGGCGAUAAGAAGCUGCACUUGGACCAGGCGCUGCAACUCCACCUGUUCGAACAGGACGCCACCAAGAUGUCAGAGUGGAUCGCUCACAGUAAAGAACUCUUCAUGCAGAGUCUGGCAGAAGUCGGUCAAAACCACCAGCACGCCCUCGACCUACAAACGCAGCACCAGCAUUUCACCGCCAACUGCAUGAACGGCAGUGUGAAUGUGGACAGCGUCGUCACCGUAGCUGCGAGGCUCGCCGAGGCUGGCCACUACGGAGCGGAGCGGAUCGCUUUGGUGUCGUCACGGCUACAGGAGGACUGGAAGUCAAUGACAAGUGCACUGGAGGAGCGCAGCAACAUGCUCGCCAUGGCAACCGGUUUCCAUCAAGGAGCAGAGCAGUUCCUCGCCCGAGUGGAGGGAUGGGUCAAGCUGUGCUCUGAGGGACCGUUGCCAUCGACGACAGCCGAGCUGGAGCCUGCAAUAAAGAAACACCAGGAGCUCAAUGAGGAGAUUUCCGCCAACUACACACAGGUCAGUGAAAGCGGGAAAGCGUUACUGGAGGUCCUUCAGCGUUGCCCAGCGACAGAUGCUGAUGAGUCAGCAACUAAGCCAGACUUCACUGCCGCCACACACUCCAUCAUGGGGGUUCUGCACCAGGUGAUGCAGGGUCAUCAUGAGGUAGAGGGGGCGUGGCAGCACCGUAAGCUCCGCCUCCACCAGCGCCUGCAGUUGUGUGUGUUUCAGCAGGAUGUUAAACAGGUGUUGGACUGGGUGGAGCAGCAUGGCGAGGUGUUCCUGAACAAACACACAGGUGUGGGGAAGUCCUUGCACCGGGCGCGGGCGCUGCAGAAGCGGCACGACGACUUCCAGCAGGUGGCGCAGAACACCUACACCAAUGCGGAGAAGCUUCUGGAGGCAGCAGACCAGCUGGCGCAGUCUGGAGAGUGUGAGGAAGAGGAGAUCUACCAGGCGUCCCGAGACCUGGAGCUGCGAAUGCAGGCCUUUAUUCAGCGAGUAGAGCAGAGGAAACUGCUGCUGGACCUCGCCGUGUCCUUCUACACUCACACCAAGGAGCUGUCCGCAUGGAUGGACGGCCUCCAGAAGCAGCUCUCCUCGGACCUCCUGGUGUGCCCGGACACGGUGGAGGCCCUGCAGGCUCUGAUCAGCCAGCAGCAGCAGCAGCAGACCAACACUCAGGAAGCUGCGAUGAGUGUCAUCCGGGAAGGAGAAGACCUCAUCCUGCAACUCAGGCCUCAGGGCAGCUCGGUGGCCCAUGUGGAAUCGGUUUUGCAGCAACUGGAAGAGUCUCACGUUCAGCUCGAGGAACUUUUUCACCAGAGGAAGAUCCGACUGGACAUUUUCCUGCAGUUCCGCAUACUGCACCAGUGCACACUGGAGGUAACAGGUGAGAUGGAUGCUUGGAAACAGGACUUGGAAAAGCAAUCCCAGGAAUUUUCCUCAGAGAAGGUCGCCUCAAAUCGUCUGGCUGAGACGAACCAGGACAAGCUGAGCCAGGACAAGCUGGCACUAGGACAGUCCCGGCUGGUGGAGUCCAGCCCGGAGGCGCUAACGCUAGCACAGCAGCGGAUUCACAGGCACAUGGAACGGAGGCUGGCGAUGAACAACAUGAUAUAUGAGGUCAUCCAGCAAGGCCAUGACCUCCAGCAGUACAUCUCGGAGGUGCAGGCAUCAGCAGGUAUCGAGCUGUCGGACGUGGAGGGCGGGCUCUCCGCUCAGGUGGAGGAGCUGCAGCGCCUCCUGCAGGACAAGCAGAAGGAGCUGCAGCAGAUCGCCGACCACGCGCACACGCUGCUGGAGCAGAACCUGCAGCUGAAGCACCUGCAGAGCCAGGUCAAGCAGGUGCUGGGCUGGAUCUCCGAGGGGGAGGUGAUGCUGUCCUCCUGCAUGCUGAAUUCCAGCUGUCUGUCAGAAGCGGAGCAGCUGCAGAGGGAGCACGAGCGCCUCCAACAGGCCAUCGAGGCUCUGCUGCACGCCGACUCCCUGCAGAGGACCCAUCAGGUGGCGCUGGCCCUGCAGCAGAGAGCCGAGCUGCUGGUCAGGUCUGGCCACUAUGAUCCAGAUGCGGUGAGAUCCUGCGCUCAGACCGUGGCGCUGCAUUGGCAGACACUAAUGCUAAGGAUUGAAGACCGGCUCAAACUGGUCAACGCGUCGGCUGCCUUCUACAGGACAUCCCAACAGGUGUGUGGGGUCCUGGAGAGUCUGGAGCAGGAGUACCGUCGGGAGGAGGACUGGUGUGCAGGAGGAGAAAGGCAACCAGAGCUAAUGCUGCCGCUGAUCAAUAAACACAUGGAGCAGAAGGAGGCUUUUCUGAAGGCUUGUACUCUCGCGAGACGGAAUGCGGAAGUUUUUCUCAAGUACAUCCAUCGCAACAGCGUCACCAUGGCAAACAUCUCAGGCCACAGCAUCACUGUCUCCGGGGUCUCUGAGGUUACCGGCCAUUCCAGGGUGCCAGAACAACAGGUCAAAGGUAUCCUCAGUGAGCUGCUCCAGAGGGAAAACAGAGUUCUUCAUUUCUGGACGUUAAAGAAACGUAGAUUGGAUCAGUGCCAGCAGUAUCUGAUGUUCCAAACCCACGCACAGCAGGCUCUUGAUUGGUUGCAGCAGUCAGGUGACCAUUACUUGGCCACACAUACGUCACCAGGAGCAACCAUGGCUGAGACGCAGGAGCUGCUGAACCAGUACAGAGAGUUCUGCGUUUCUGCAAAGCACACACAGGAGAAGGUUCACCUGCUGAUCCAGCUGGCUGAGAGUAUGCUGGCUAAAGGUCACGCCCACCGUACUGAGCUCCGCCGCUGCGUUUCAACAGUGGAUAAGCGCUACCGCGACUUCUCCGUCAGGAUGGGACAGUAUCGCCACCUGCUAGAGACAGCGCUGGGAGGCUGCUCCCAGGACAAUAAAGACCUGGAGCUGGAGCUGAUCCCCAACAGUCUCUCUGACUCUGACCCAGAGGUCAACCUAUCUGACCCAAGUCACCAGGUCAGCGACGAGAAAAGACGUUCCGCCCGGAAAAAGGAGUACAUCAUGGCAGAGCUCCUUCAGACAGAACGAGUCUAUGUCAGAGACCUGCAGGAGUGCAUAGAGACGUACCUGUGGGAGAUGACGAGUGGUUCAGAAGACGUUCCACUCGGUCUCGCCAACAGUCACUACACGGUGUUUGGAAACAUUCAGGACAUCUACGAGUUCCAUAACAGUAUUUUCCUAAAGGAGUUGGAGAACUACGAGCAGCUUCCUGAAGACGUGGGACACUGUUUCGUCACCUGGGCUGACAAGUUCCACAUGUAUGUGACGUACUGCAGAAACAAACCAGACUCCAGUUUAUUGAUCCAGCAGCAUGGAGUGGGAUUCUUCGAGGAGGUGCAGAGGAGACACGGACUUGCUAACUCCAUCUCCUCGGCGCUGAUUAAACCGGUCCAGAGGAUCACCAAGUACCAGCUGUUGCUUAAGGAGCUGCUGGCCUGCUGCGAGGAAGGCAAGGGCGAGAUAAAGGAAGGCCUGGACGUGAUGCUGAGCGUCCCGAAGAGAGCAAACGACGCCAUGCACGUCAGCAUGUUGGAAGGUCUGGAGGACGGCGUGGAGGUGCAGGGAGAGCUCCUCCUGCAGGACUCCUUCCUGGUUUGGGAGCCGAAGUCUCUGAUAAGAAAGGGGCGGGACAGACACCUGUUCCUGUUUGAGCUGUCGCUCAUCUUCAGCAAGGAGAUUAAAGACUCGUCCGGCCGCACCAAGUAUCUCUACAAAAGCCGCCUGAGGACGUCUGAGCUGGGGGUGACGGAGCACAUAGAGGGGGAUCAGUGCAAGUUUGCUCUGUGGGUUGGACGGACGCCGACGUCGGACAACAAGACGGUUCUGAAGGCUUCGUCCCUCGAGCUGAAGCAGGAGUGGGUCCGCAGCAUCCGACAGGUGAUCCAGGAGAGGCGGGGCCACCUGCGCGGCGCUCUGAGGGAGCCCAUCCCCCUCCCAAAGACCCCCAACCCCACGCUGGGACGACAGCGCAGCAUCACGCGCAGGGAGACGAGCGAGGACGCAGACAGCCUGGGUGAUGCCAGCAGUCAGCCUGACACGGUUUCCAUCGCCUCACGAACGUCGCAGAACACCGCCGACAGCGACAAGCUCUCCGGCGGCUGCGAGUUAGUGGUGGUACUGCUGGACUUCACCUCUGGGGGGCCGGGAGAGCUGAGCGUCCGCUGCGGCCAGACGGUGGAGCUGGUGGAGCGCUCUGCAGACCGGCCCGGCUGGUGUCUGGUCAGAACCACGGAUCAGACGCCUCAGCAGGAGGGUUUGCUGCCCAUGAGCGCCCUCUGCCUGUCGCACUCCCACAGUGCAGGGGACAUGGAGGGGCUCCUCCCGGCCUCCACCACCUCCUCCAGCACCUCCUCCACCUGCACCACCACCUCCUCCUCUCUCAACUCCUCCUCCACCACCACCUCCUCAUCCACCGUGAGCGCGGCGAAGGAAUCCAGUCUGUACGGUUCUGAGGGUUCAGGCCUCCCAACCCAGACCAGCAGUCAAAGUGCCACCUCCCCCACUGUAGGUGGAGCUCCAGUAGGUGCAGUGGGCUCUCCGGGGCCCAAACGGAGCGGCUCUGGCACAGGCAACACGCUAAAGCGCUGGUUGACCAGCCCUGUGCGGAGGCUAAGUCAAGGCAAAGCUGACGGACAGAAGAAGCCUCCAAUCAGAGCCAGGAGGCGGGACAACAAGCUCGAGCUGGCCGCGCCCCUUACUGUAAACACGCAAAUGAAGGCAAGAAAAGAGGAGGCGGGGCAAAGUGGAGGGGAGGAGGAGCCUGAAGAAGAAAGCCACACCCCAUUACCUCCACCCAUGCAGAUUAUUAAAGACCCCAACAAUCCAGAGGCUCUGGACUCGGAUCAGGGAUCAAACGAGUCGGAUACGGAACAGAGAAACAAAGCGCUACGAGGACGAAUGUUUGUUGUUAAUGAGAUGAUCCAGUCAGAGAAGGACUACGUAAAGGACCUCGGAGUGAUUGUUGAGGGCUUCAUGUCCAGGCUGGAAGUCAGGGGGAUCCCAGAAGACAUGAGGGGGAAAGACAAGAUCGUCUUUGGGAACAUCCAGCAGAUCUACGAUUGGCACCGCGACUUCUUUCUGGUGGAGCUGGAGCGCUGCAUCCAGAACCACGAUCUGCUAGCCGACCUGUUCAUCAGACAUGAGCGCCGUCUCCACAUGUACGUGGUUUACUGUCAAAACAAGCCCAAGUCGGAGUUCAUCGUCAUUGAGUACGAGACCUUCUUUGAGGAGAUCCAGCAUGAGAUCAGCUGCAGGAUGUCCAUCAGUGAUUAUCUGAUCAAACCCAUCCAGAGAAUCACCAAGUACCAGCUGCUGCUGAAGGAUUUCCUCAAAUAUACGACCAAAGCAGGACUGGACUCUGAAGAGAUCGAGAAAGCCGUGGAGCUGAUGUCACUGGUUCCAAAGCGCUGCAACGACAUGAUGAACCUGGGACGCCUGCAGGGAUACGAGGGGAAGCUGACGUCUCAGGGGAAGCUGCUGCAGCAGGAGACCUUCUGCGUCUGGGAGCAGGACGGAGGGGUCUUGUCUCGCAGCAAAGAGCGCAGGGUCUUCCUCUUCGAGCAGAUCGUCAUCUUCAGCGAGCUGCUCCGGAAAGGCUCCAACAAUCCAGGAUACCAGUUCAAGAACAGCAUCAAGGUGACCUACCUGGCCAUGCAGGACAGCGUAGACGGCGACCCCUGUAAGUUUGUGCUGUGGUCCCGCGGCUCGGCGGAGCGCUUCACUCUACAAGCGUCCUCCGCUAGCAUCAAGAUGACCUGGGUGGACACCAUCGCCACGCUGCUGGACGCCCAGAACAACUUCCUCUCUGCUCUCCAGUCGCCUAUUGAGUACCAGAGAAAAGAAGGCGGGAUCUCAGUGACCCGUCCGCUGUCAUCGGGUCGACCGCCGUCAGCUCCGCCCACGCCCAACGGCCACGCCAAUCAGCCUCCUGCCGACAGUGAAGACGACCAGGAGCUGGUUCUGGUGCUGCAGGACUUCGUGGCCGUGCGGGAGGACGAGAUCUCCGUGUUCCGGGGAGAGAAAGUCCAGAUUCUAUCGUCCAACCAGCAGGGUCAGAGUCUCGUUUACAGGCCGGCCAACAGCGACUCGCCCGCCGCCGAGGGCUGGGUGCCACGGAGCGUGCUCAAAACACACUGACACAAACACACACUAACACUGCCUGACUGCAGGGUCGGACUCUCGUUUACCAACAUACACACACGGAAACGGCGCGCUAGCGGGGUCAACGGCGCAGACUGAACUCUUGAAGUAAGAUGGCAGUGUCGACCUUUGGUCCCCCCAAAAAUGAGAAUUGGCAACAAAGCAAAUUUAGGAUUCCACCAAUCGGAUCAAUUUGACAUUGUUCAUUUGACCCUUUAACACCGAGUUACGUGACCAUGUUGUCAUUUUUUUACGAAAAUCAAAAAUAGUUUGAAAGUCAAAACAUAAAGAAUUUUGGCCAUUUUGAAUUUUUUUCACACUUUUCAGAUUUUUAGGCUGGACUUUGAAUUUUGCUCAGAACGUUGUCAUUUUUAAAGGAAAAUCGGUCGUUUGUAAAAGUAAGUUUGUAAGUUGAAACAUGAAUAAUAUUAAUCAUUUUCAGCUUUUUUCCACACUUUUCAGAUUUUUAGGCUUGACUUAGAGUUUUGCUGAAACUUUGAGUUACGUGACCAUGUUGUCAUUUUUGAACAAAAACCAGUCGCUUGUAAAACUAAGUUUGAAAGUCAAAACAUAAAUAAUUUUAAUCAAUUUGAGCUUUUUCACACUUUUCAGAUUUUUAGGCUGGUCUUAGAUUUUUGCUGAAACUUUGAAAUACGUGACCACAUUGUUAUUUUUGAACAAAAAUCAGUCGUUUGUAAAAGUAAGUUUGUAAGUUGAAACAUAAAUAAUUUUAAUCAUUUUCCGCUUUUUUCACACUUUUCAGAUUUUUAGGCUGGACUUAGAGUUUUGCUGAAACUUUGAGUUACGUGACCAUGUUGUCAUUUUUGAACAAAAAUCAGUCGCUUGUAAAACUAAGUUUGAAAGUCAAAACAUAAAUAAUUUUAAUCAAUUUCAGUUUUUUCACACGUUUCAGAUUUUUAGGCUGGACUUAAAGUUUAGCUGAAAACCUUGAGUGAGGUGACCAUUUUAUCAAUUUUGAUCAACAAUCGGUCUAUGUUUGUAAAAGUACGUUUGAAAGUCAAAACAUAAAUAAUUUUAAUCAAUUUGAGCUUUUUUCACACUUUUCAGAUUUUUAGUCUGGACUUUUUUUUUUUUGCUCAGACGUUGUCAUUUUUAAAGGAAAGUCAGUCGUUUGUAAAAGUAAGUUUAUAAGUCGAAAAAUACAGAAUUCUAAUCAUUUUGAGCUUUUUUCACACUUUUCAGAUUUUUAGGCUGGACUUUGAGUUACGAGACCAUGUUGUCAUUUUUGAACAAAAAUCAGCUGUUUGUAAAAGUACUUUUGAAGUUGAAACAUGAAUAAUUUUGACCAUUUUGAAUUUUUUUCAAACUUUUCACAUUUUUAAGGUGGACUUAGAGUUUUGCUUAAAACCUUGAGUCAGGGGGCGAUUUUGUUAUUUUUUUAUUUUGUUUAUGUUCUUUGACCUAUUUAAACUUUUCAACCAUUGACAUGAUCAAUGUAAUUCCGGUAGAUUGGGAAGGAGAAAAGCGGAGCAAGCCGCUUUUCUCCUUCCCAAUCUACCGGAAUUACGUUGAUCAUGUUAACAGUUGAAAAGUUACGGUAUGUUAAAAAUUUUGCGUUUAAGCGUAAACGGCGACGCCUCAGGUGUUAAAGGGUUAAACAGUAAAUUGUUAGCGAAACAAAAAAAAAAACAUAUUUUUUACCAUUAAAACGCACUUCCAGGAAUGAUUUCAACCAAAGACGGUAUGUUGCUCUUCCAAAAAAAAAUCCCCCUCCCCCACAAUAGACUGUUUACUGAAAGGGCCCGUGUUUACAGACACCACCAGGUAUCAGUGCGAUUCAAGCAAUCAACCCAAAGAGAAGCAGUUUACUGCCAGAAGUCACAGAAAAAAAUGCAAAAAAAAAAAGCACAAAUUUAUUUGAGAAGCUGGAAGCUUUUGAAGUAACCGAGGACGUCCAGCUACCCCUCCCCCUCCCUGUCUAGUUCAGCGGGGGUGGCAAAAAAACGAAACACAUCCACCAUCUUAGUGCCUGGUGUGUUCCCUCUGGGCCAAAGCAACACGACAACUUUUAAAACACUCCAGACAUCCCUGUAGAACGCGGACCGGUCGGCACUGCCGCGCGUUCGACCCCCGACAGCUUUUUACACACUCAACACACGCAGCAGCAGCAGGUACUGUUAGCCUCCUACCGUCCUUCCUGGUGCUUCAACCCCUCCCCCCACGUUCACCCUCUGAACUCUGUCCAACCAGAUCUUCAGGCCUGCGGAGCAACCAAUCACACUCCCCGGUGACUUUACAGGAGGUCAUGUGACCUUUACGGCCAGGACUCGAAGCUAGCGUGGGAACCGGAAGACGAUCGGCCAAUCAGAACUGAGUGUUCAUAGUGUGUAUAAAGACUGAGAGCACACUCCACAUACAUACCACCAGUAUGAACAUUAAGAAAAUAGAUUCUGUUUUUCACCUUAAAAGAGAGAAAAAAAGAGAGAAGUUGUUAUAUCAGUAUUUGUGUGUGAGAGAGGAAAAGAAGAGUUUGUGUGAUACUUUUUGUCUGUGUGUGUGUGUGUGUGUUUUACCACGGAAAGUUAGGUGAUAUCCUGGCGAAAACUAUUUACUUUUUAUCAACGACGGCCUCAUUAGCCCGCUCCUUGAUGCUCCCCGUCACCAUGGGAACCAUCAAAGAUGGAGGACGGCGGCGGCCUCAGCUCUGGUCUGGUCAAAAAAAACAAGAAAAAAAAAAAAAAGAAGAAGAAGAA